AUGAGAAAUAAGGCUCGUCUGAGCCAAUCUUUAGAUGAUAAAGUCCAGUUGUAUCUGAAAGAAUAUCCUGAUAAAUCUUUAAAGACGCUUUUUCAUAUUCCAUAUAUUUAUGAAUAUCUUCAAAGUUGUGAUCCAGUUUUAAGACGUACUAAGAAACAUGUAUUGGAAAUGUCUAUUGAACGGGUUUUAAAGGCCCAGAAUGCAAAUUUUGAGGACAAAUAUUAUAAAGAAGAUAAUUUAGAUUCAAAAUCUUUUGAAAAUAUUGCAGAAAAUUCGAAUUCAAUGGACAAAGACAUUAUGAAUAAAGAGAUUGUAAGUGUCUGGAAUACGGACAAGGAUUUUUUUUCUGAAAAAAUUUCGUCAAAGUCGACUUCUUAUUCUUUAGAAAAUGAAGUAUCUAAAGAUCAAUCACAUAAUGUUUCUAGGGUUAAACGUAAACAAAGAAUAGAUGAAGAUGAGGCUUUUCAUAAGAGGGAAAAAAUAAAUGGAAGUUAUAAUCCGCCUAAAGGUAUUUCUUUUGAUGAUCUUGGCGGUAUAGAUGAUUGCAUUGAUGAGAUUCUUGAGCAUGUUGUAAUGCCUCUUACACAUCCUGAAAUUUAUACUCAUAUUGGUAUUCAGUUACCGAGAGGUGUCUUACUUCAUGGGCCUUCUGGAUGUGGAAAGACGAUGCUUGCAAACGCAAUUGCAUCUGAAAUUGGGUUGCCAUUUAUAUCUAUAUCUGCACCGUCAAUUGUUUCUGGUAUGUCAGGAGAAUCAGAGAAAAAAAUUCGAGAUAUUUUUAAUGACGCGAAAUCUAUUGCUCCGUGUCUUAUAUUUAUUGAUGAAAUAGAUGCAGUAACACCUAAACGAGAGAAUGCGCAGCGUGAAAUGGAAAGACGAAUUGUUGCUCAGUUUCUUACAUGUAUGGAUGAUAUUUCGUUAGAAAAAACAGAUGGAAAGCCUAUUUUGAUAAUUGGUGCAACAAACAGACCCGAUUCAUUGGAUCCAGCUUUGCGUCGAGCUGGUAGAUUUGAUCACGAGAUAUGUUUGAAUGUACCGAAUGAAUCUGGGCGAGAAAAGAUUCUUCGAACAAUUCUUAAGAAAUUGCGUCUUUCUGGUGAUUUUGAUUAUAAAAAGUUAGCAAAAAUGACACCGGGAUAUGUGGGUGCAGAUUUAAAUUCACUUGCAACAGCAUCAGGUAUUGUUGCUAUUAAAAGGAUUUUUAAAUUGUUGAAAAAUAAUGUAUUGGACGAAAAAAUAAAUUCUCAGUUAAACGGAAAAAAAUUACAUUAUAUAGAUAAGAAAGGCAAAGAGGAUAUAUCUUAUAUGGAUUUGGAUUCUCAAUAUAUGUCUGAUGCUUCAGAAAAUACAAGUAUUAUUCGGCAUUUUUUAAAAACAUAUCCUAAUACAUUAUCCGAUAAUGAUUUAUCGUUGAUGUAUAUUACAAUUGAUGAUUUUUUAGAAGCACUUCCUAAAAUUCAACCAUCUUCUAAACGUGAAGGAUUUGCAACUGUUCCAGAUGUAACUUGGGCAGAUGUUGGUGCAUUAAAAUCAAUUCGUAUAGAAAUGCAAAUGGCUAUUGUUCAACCUAUUAAGCGGCCAGAGUUAUAUGAGAGAUUAGGCAUUACUUCUCCUUCAGGUGUGUUGCUUUGGGGGCCUCCAGGCUGCGGAAAAACAUUAUUAGCUAAAGCAGUAGCUAAUGAAAGUUGUGCGAAUUUCAUUUCUGUCAGAGGUCCUGAAUUGUUAAAUAAGUAUCUUGGUGAAUCAGAACGUGCUGUUCGUCAAGUAUUUUCAAGAGCAAGAGCUUCUGCUCCAUGUAUCAUCUUUUUUGAUGAACUUGAUGCCAUUGUUCCUCGUAGAGAUGAUUCUUUGCCUGAAUCUUCUGCAAGAGUAGUAAAUACAUUAUUAACAGAACUAGAUGGGCUGAAUGAUAGAAGAGGAAUAUAUGUAAUAGCUGCUACAAAUCGACCUGAUAUUAUCGAUCCUGCUAUGAUGAGGCCUGGACGACUUGAUAAACCAUUGUUUGUAGAAUUACCAUCAGAUGAUGAACGUUAUGAAAUCCUUAAAACGUUAACUAAAAAAACGCCCAUGGCCUCUUCUGUAGAUCUUUUAAAAAUUGCAAAAGAUGAGCGAUGCAGAAAUUUUAGUGGCGCUGAUUUAGCUGCACUUGUUCGAGAAGCUGCUGUUCUUGCAUUACGAUGUACCGUUUUUACUGAUGUAGCUGCUGAAAAAAAGAUUAAUUACGAUUUCCAGACUGAUCCACUCUUUGUUGACCAUUGUCAUUUCGAAAAGGCUUUUUCAAGUGUCCGUCCAAGUGUUUCUGAGAAGGACCGUGAUCGUUAUUAUAGUCUUAAUCGUCGUUAUGGCUAUUCUUCUACAACAUUGAUAUGA